UCUAUCCACUGCUGAACUGGGGUUUCGUGUUGUCGAAGGACAACCUGUGGAUUUAGCCGAAGGUGCGAGCAGAACCACUGAGUGCAGCUAUGACUGCCGAACCGAUUCGCUCGGCUCUGGGCAGCGUCUCCACGGACGACACCUCUCUCGUCCUGCCGUCCGACAAAAAACAGCGCACGGGACAGCAGCGCGUCCUGGAGCAGGUAAACACCGUAAAGAGAAGACAGUCGAAGAUGGUCAAGAGUGACUCCAUUCCGUCGCCAACAACUCCGGGAUCGAUGACAGAAUACAGUGAGCCUAAAUUCCAGUUCUCACCUAUGAAACCGAACAACUCACUCUUCAAAUUCAGCGGCUCCAGCAUGACAGCCAGCCACAGCAGAAUGACUGGUCGCAGCGUGUCAGUGCGCAACACGGUGAGAACACAGACCCAGAACAGCCUGUGGAACGCACAGUCUCUGUCCAAUGGGAUUAGACCCAGUGGCAGCGACCCGGCCUUGAAUAGUGCAGGCGGCACAAUUACCCAUCAGACUAAGGCGAGGUCUGCUACCGUGCAAUAUAACCGACCAUCUGGACAAUCCAUGAGACUCCUGGAGAAUAACCUGCUAACCAACACCAGCCAAUCACAGGUCGCAAGCAUAAAACCUUCCCUCAACCAAUCACAGACAGUUAGAAGAGUCAACACGACCAUGAAAAAGAAGCAAGACGACCAUGAAGCAUUGGGUGGUGCUGAGGGAUCUAUAACUGACAUCACUCUGGAGGAGGCGGUGGAGUAUCUGUCACACUCAGACAUCAGCCAUCAGCUGUGUGGAGCUUCAUUCAUACAGCACCAAACCUUCACUGACGACAAAGCCAAACAAGAGGUUUGGCGUUUGGGAGGGAUUCCUGCCCUAAUUUCGCUGCUGAAAGGAGAUGACCAACAGCUGCAACAGGUUUCCGCUGCUGCACUGCGCAACUUGGUUUAUAAAGACAGCAGUAACAAGAUUGAGGUGGACAGGUGCGAAGGAGUAGAUGCCAUUCUGACCUUACUUAGAGACACCAAUGUUACAGAAACACAGAAACAACUCACUGGUCUGUUGUGGAAUCUGUCCUCGGCUGAUGCACUGAAGCCAGAGCUGAUCACGAACGCCCUGCCGUUGCUUACAGAAAGCAUUGUGGUGCCGUACAGCUUUUGGACUGACAGCAACACUAGCAAACACAUUGACCCCGAGGUCUUCUGCAACACUACUGGCUGUUUAAGAAACCUCAGCUGUGCUAGUGAGAGCGAGAGGAGCUCUAUGAGGAGCUGCCCACAACUUAUUGACUCUCUCAUGACCUACAUUCAGACUCUAAUGGACAGAGGCGAUCCAGAUGACAAGUCGGUGGAAAACUGUGUCUGCGUACUUCACAACUUGAGCUUCCAGCUGGAGAAAGAGGCUCCUGAUCACUUCACACAGUUUUCUGUUCCUGAGGAGAGAGUGAACGAGAACAAUUACAAAAAGAGCCUCUUCAGCCCCAAGAGCACCAAGACCCAAAAGGAGUUAAACUUCCCAGCCAUGGAGAAGAAAGAACCUAAAGGAGUGGACUGGUUGUACAACCAAAAGUCGCUGCAGCUGUACCUGUCUCUGCUGCGCUUCAGUCAGAACGAGGCCACUCUGGAGGCGUGCUGUGGAGCCCUGCAGAACCUGACCGCUUCAAAGAGCUCUUUGUCCACACUGAUGAGUCAAAACAUCAUACAGAAGCUGAAUGGCCUGCCUGUCAUUUCAUCCCUGCUUAAAUCAGGAAACGCGGGCCUACAGAAGACCGCAAUGUCCUUAGUGGGAAACAUGUCCCGGGUGUCAUCUCUACGGAAUACUAUGGCCAAGGAAGUUCUUCCCAACAUCGUUACUACUGUCUCGGCUGUGACGCCGAAGAUGGUUGAGUCUGACAGCACCAUCGCUACAGCGUGCCGUGUGAUGCACACGCUCAUGCUGGCAGAUCCUGACACUGGCAAGAAGAUGAUAAGCACGAAACUCAUCGACUCCCUGACCUACCUGAGCACAAAUAUAUCAUUUGAAACAGCCAGAAAAGCUGCUGCAUAUCUUCUCUAUAAUAUGUGGGGACAAAAAGACAUUCAUAGUGUGCUGAAAAAGCAAGGGAUGGACAAGGACACAUUUAUAAAUGACGUCACUGCUGUUGCGUACCAGGAAGCAACGAGGAACAAAAGAUACUGAGAGAUGUGCAAUUCUGAGGGAAGCCACAGAAUUUCAAAAUACUGUUCUGCCUUUCAGAACAGUACAUACAGGACAUAUUGUAGGGUGAAUGGGAAACAAUUACUGCAAAUUUUUUGCUAUUACACUCUCACUGUUAUUCCAAACCCAAAUUUUCUUCUCUGUGGGCUAAAAAGACCAAAAAAAAACAAAAAACAUAAAUUAUCAUAAAACUGUGUGAUGCUAAUAUUCCAGGUGUGAAGAACAGACCAUAAAUUAACAACAGUUGUUAUUGACUAAACAUCCUUUCAGAUCUUUUCAAUGAAGCUGUUUGCAAAUCUACUUACAUUUGAUUCAUUCAUGAACUGAUCUGUCACAUGGAUGGUUUUAUGAUAUUUUAAUGGUGCUUUUCUGUCAUUUUUUUGAGCUUGGCAUCCACUGAUGUGAAAUUAAAUAAUCAGUUGCUCACUGUUAUGGUAAAAUCCCUCUUUCUGGGUUUAAUGGAUGAUGUGGAUCUCUGUAUGGCUAGUGCAGGCCUGUUUAGUGCCUAAUACGCAGAUAAGCACAUUUAUCAUGGGAAAGAGUUUGUACACUUAUGCUUGACAAACUUGCACUACUGGUCCUGCAAAGUAAUAAUUCCACUCUUCUUGACUGCUUUUCUUUCCCUGUCCUCCUGUGCUGUAUAUUCAAACAUAUUAGGCAUACUAAGGAUCAUAAUACACAUUGGAAAAAGAUUUUUCAUUUUGGUGCAAUCAGGCCUGAAAAUUUGUUGGUUUCUAAACAUGCUCUUGUGUGAGAAGUAAGACGUUGAAACAACACAUAUCAAUGUUGAUUUGACAUGAAACUAAGAGUGAUUCAUCAUUGGAAUUCUAGUUGGAUUGGAACUUUCAAUGAACUGUUGGUUUCAUACACAACUCUGGACCUUUGUCUUCUUCAACUUAAGUGGACUGAACACUUUAUUAAAUCCGGUUCUCAUCUGUUGUAGAUUCAGAACCACUUUAAACUUUGAAGUUCUCGUAAUAAUUUCUAUCGCUUCUUUUAUGUUAUUAGUCACACAUAAUUCUACUGUAAAUACAUAAUAUGAAAAGCACAGUUGAGUGGAAGGUAUGUAGCUUAUGUAAUAUCUUGGCAGUGUAAAGAUGUCUUUGGACCUUUGGGUAUGGUUGCAUUUUACAAUAUCAUUUUUUUUUUUAAAUUAUGAUUAAUUAUUGCUGUAUUUUGAAAAAUGAAAUGAUAUUUUUGUUUCUUAACAGGCUGCUUAGAGCAGUAAAUGCAAAAUGAAUUGUUUUCCAGAUAUGCAGUAAUAUAAUGUUUUGAUUGACAUCCAUUUUUUAAACCAAAUUAGCCUUUUCUGUGCUUUUUUGCUUAAUGUGUGUGAUAUUGAAUUUUUUUUGAAUAUUAUUUUUAUUUGACAUUUGUUUGGCUUGAUUGUGUUUGAAAUGCAUAUAUGCUUGUGGGAAAAUGUCUAGAUCUUUUCUUUUUUUUUUUU